CGAGAGCAAGACGAUUACUUGUAUUUGCCAUUCGCACAACAACCACAACCCAACAUUAAAAAGAACGACAGCAAGUCUCAACAAAUACUACCCAUCGGAACAGACGAGUCAAGGAACGAAAAAAGAACGAAGGGAGGACAACAAGCAACCCAGAAAGCGUCCCACCCACCCUCCGGCAAAUCCAAUUGCCUCCAACCCAAUCCAUUCCAUUCCAUUCCAACCCCGCACGAACAGGCAUAGCAUGGCUCCGCCCAAAAAGAAACGCCGGGUCGUCCACCUCGAGGCCGAGAACGGAGCGCCGGAAAGCACCGCGGGGGCCGGCGGCGGCGGGUCCGCGGAAGCGGUUGCCCCCGGAACAAAGGCGCAACCCCCCGGCCCCACCACCGCCGGCUGCCUCUCCCGCAAGGACGAGCUGGCGGAGGAGCUCGUCGAGGCCCUGGACUCGCUCGAGUCCUCCCCGGGCGGGUCGCCCGAGGCGGCACGGGCCCACGCCCGGGCCUCCCUGGCCCUCCUCGGCCUCCGGGCCCUCCAGCGGGGCCUCCUGGAGAGGGUGGGGGCGACCCGGGACCUCCUUUCGAAACAGGCGUCCGCCCGCGACCAGCAGGCCCUCGUCCUGGAAAACCUCUCGUACCAGCGGGCCCUCCACGGGCGGUCGAGGCUGCGGUCCGAGGCCGCUUCGGAGAGGGCGGCGGCCGGCAUCAAGGGGCUCUGCGGCGGCGGCAACGAGGCGUCGGUCCUGGAAACCUUCCUGGGGGCGGACUGGAAGGAUCCCUCCGAGAGGCCGGCCAUCGUCUCCCGGCUCAACCACGAGGUGGCCGUCCGCAGGGACCUGGAGGCCAAGCGGGAAGCGCUGCGGGCCGACCGCCGGUCGAAGCAGGAGAUGCUGGCGGCCCGCCAAAAGGUCCUGAGGGACCUGCCCACCCGGCUGGCGGAGAUGGAAAAGGCCAGCCUCCCGCUGCAAAAGUUUUUCCAAAAGGCGGGGGCCGGGGGCGGCCUGCCCCUGGAGGCGAGCCCCCGGAUCGGAACGACACGGCGCCGGAACCGGCUGGACCUGGCCGGGACCCUGCCCCCGGCGCUGUACACAUUGUUCCACCAGCUGCAGUCGUCCCUGGACGUGCUGGAACUGGCGGCCAGGAAAGAAACACCCGGCGGCAACGAGAGCGGCGGCUCCAUCGGCCUCUCGGCCCUGCCGACCCUCGAGGUCCGGGCCGGGCCGGGCUCCAAGACCCAGGACGCCACGGUCCUCCUGAGGAUGCCCAUCCCCACCGUCUCCGACGGCGGGGGGCUGACCUACCACAAGUUCAAGAAAGUCGUGCCGAUUUCCUUUCGGUACGAGGCCUCCUCGGACCUGGUGCUGGCGUGCUGCGGGAACGACUACGGCAUGGGGCAGGUGGUCCUCGGCGAGCUCUUUCCGGGGGACAGGGGCGAGUACCUGGCGGCGAGUGCGAGUGCGAGUGCGAGUGCCGGCGCAACCCCCGCGGCCCUUCCCGGGAGAGCCUACCAGUGGUGCAACGCCCUGGCGGGCCUGCACGUCUCCCCGGCCAGCGCGACCGCCGCGAGGCAGCGGGCCUCGGCGGGGGUCGUCCUCUCGGCCCUGGUGCGCCGGGUCCGGGCGGUGUCCACCCUCUCCCAUAUCCUCGUGCGCCUUCCGGCGGUUCAGGGUGGGGGCCUCCCCUCGCACGACCGCCUGAAAGACCGGCACCCGGAAGCGUUGUGGGCGGAUGCGGCGGGCCUGGUGGGCUGGAAGGCGGUGGUUCCGGCCGGAGGCGGAAGGAGCGGCCACGUCCGCGUGUACGAGGCCGUCCUGCGGAAGGACGGGGGCCGCUGUCUGGAGGCCAGGGUGUCCGUCGACCACGCCCGGUACCCCUCGGUCGCCCCCCGCUGGAGGCUCUCGCCGCCGCCGCCGUCGUCCUCUUCCGAACAAGGCCCCCGCCAGGGGCUGCCGCUGUACGACGAGGGCCUGGCCAAGCUGGAGAAGGACGUCAACGGGGGCGUCCUCGACCGGCUGGUCGAUCCGUCGGACCAAACCACCUACGACUGGGUCCUGGCGCAGCAGCUGAUCGAGAUUGCCGUGGUGUGGGGAAGAAGGGAGGCCGCCGGCGGAGAAAGCUCGUAGCCCGGAGCCACGUCCAGAAUCGGUUCCGGUUCCGGAUCCAGAAUCGGUUCCAGAAACCACACACAAAGAGGACACGACAGGACACGGCUUGGCUUGGCUUKGCCUGGCCAGCACCGGGAGAACAGCUCCCGAUGUCAUAAUCAAGGAUCAUACCAUCA